UUAAUGUUUUCUAAAUAUGGUGGACUAAUAAUUCAACCCCAUUGGUGUUAUCUUCUCAUAACAUUUUUCUCUAUUUUUCCAACUUCUCUUCUGAGAGUUUCUCACAGGAAUCAAGAUGGCUACUUUGACUGUGCCCCCAGUUCCUCCUUCUCCUAGAGAUGAUGCACUGCAACUUUACCGUGCUUUUAAGGGAUUGGGUUGUGAUACCAGUGCUGUUAUCAAUCUUCUUGCUCAUCGUGAUGCUACACAGCGUGCCUACAUCCAACAAGAGUACAAAACAAUGUAUUCUGAGGAACUUUCCAAACGUUUAGCUUCAGAGCUUAGUGGAAAGUUAGAGAGUGCAGUUCUGAUGUGGUUGAAAGACCCUGCAGGACGUGAUGCAUCAAUCAUUAGGAAGUCUCUGGUAGAGAUCCGAAGCCUUGAAGGUGCUACUGAAGUUAUAUGUUCACGAACUCCAUCUCAGCUGCAGUAUUUAAAACAGGUCUACCAUUCAUUGUUUGGUGUUUAUCUUGAGCAUGAUAUUCAAGCAAACACCAGCCCCGGGAGUGAUCAUCAAAAGCUGUUGCUUGCAUAUAUAAGCACACCUCGUCCUGAAGGCCCUGAAGUUAACAGAGAAAUUGCUCAGAAGGAUGCAAAAGUUCUUUACAAAGCAGGGGAGAAGAAACUAGGAACUGAUGAAAAGUCCUUUAUCCACAUAUUCAGUGAACGGAGUGCUGCACAUUUGGCUGCUGUCAGUGCUUAUUACCAUGACAUGUAUGGUCAUUCUCUGAAGAAGGCAAUAAAGAAUGAAACAUCUGGACUGUUUGAACUUGCACUUUUGACAAUUGUCCAAUGUGCCAUUCAUCCUGGAAAGUACUUUGCUAAGGUUUUGCACAAGGCAAUGAAAGGUUUGGGGACUGAUGAUUCCACACUGAUAAGAGUGAUUGUGACAAGGACAGAGGUUGACAUGCAGUAUAUCAAAGCAGAAUAUUCAAAGAAACACAAGAAGACUCUGAAUGAUGCAGUUCACUCAGAAACAUCUGGUCACUACAGAGCUUUUCUUCUCUCACUUUUAGGCCCUAAUAUCUAGCCAACAAGAUGUUCAAUGUGGAAUAAACUCACCCCUCUGAUGGUUUAAGAUUGGUUUGUUGCAGUUUGUGAUCCAUGUAGUGUAACCGAUCUCUUGUAAAAUAAGGUUGUUGUUAUUGUUGUUGUCAUUGUUUUGUACACUUGUACUAAUGCUUUGAGAGUAUUAGUUUCAGCGUAAUGCAUUGAUGAAGAA